AUGCGUUCGCUUCUCUCUGUCCUUGCCCUAGGUUCCCUGGCCUUUGCUGGACCAGGGGCCUCUGAACGACCGCAGUCUCUAGCUCUCAGCCCGCGCCAGGCCGACGCGUACUCUGCGUAUACCAUUGACCAGCCCGUGGAUCAUUUCCCCAGUGACGCUCGAUAUGCUCCACACACGAAUGCCACCUUCAAGCAGCAUUAUUAUUUUGACUCGAGUUACUACAAACCUGGUGGUCCGGUAUUCCUCUACAUAGGUGGUGAAACGGAUGCACGGAAUCGCUUCUCAAACCUUGAGACAGGCAUCAUCCAGAUCCUGAUGAACGCCACAGGGGGACUCGGUGUGAUUAUAGAAAACCGUUACUAUGGACAGAGCGUUCCUUUUGAGAAUCUCACCACCGACAAUCUGGUUUACUUGACCAACGAGCAAACUGUAGCGGACUUUGCGUAUUUUGCGCAACACGCAACCUUCCCGGGAGUGAAUGCAUCCUUGACAGCACCAGCCACUCCCUGGAUCUUGUACGGUGGAAGUCUUGCUGGUGCCCAGACGUCCUUCACCGUCAAGACAUACCCAGAUAUCGUGUACGGCGGUAUCGCGGCCAGCGGCGUGAUCCGAGUCGCUGUCGAAUACCCGGAGUGGUAUGACCCAAUCCAGAAGUUUGGCCCAAGCGACUGCGUCCAGAGCAUCAAUGACAUCGUGGACAAGUUUGACGGCCUGGUAGCGGCUGGCAACACUGAAGCUAUCCAGGAGUUCAAGUCACUCUUCGGACUGGAGUCUUUGACAGACAACCGGGACUUCGCCAAGACCAUUGCGUAUCCUGUUGGGGGUCCGUUCGAUUACCCGACUGACACCUGGCAAGAGCUUUCCUGGACGGACCAGAAGACGGAGUUCUGGUCAUUCUGUUCAAACGUCACCAACCUUGAUGCACCAGCGGAGGUGACAGCCGUGGACGAGCAGCUGGCAAAGUACACCGAUGGCGAAUCUUGGGAGAACCUUGGAAAUUAUGCGAAAUACGUAAAGGAUAUCAUUUUGCCCACAUGUUCGAGUGGAGACUAUGCCAGCGGUGAUUGUUUUGGGCAGGGAAACGCAACCUACUGGACAGAGCAGGCUGGUACAUCUGACCUCGCUUACCUUUACACAACCUGCACAGAAAUGGGAUUGUACCAAGCUGCUGCAAAGCAAGGUAAAUCGCUUCUUUCCAGGGUCAUGGACGGCAACUACACCCAGGAACAGUGCACGCUGGCCUUUCCGCCGGGCGAAUACAACGCGAUUCCGUCCUCUCCCGACGUCGACAGGUGGAAUUCGUACGGAGCGUUGGACUUUCAGGCGGAUAGGCUGGGUUUCAUCGACGGGAAUCACGAUCCCUGGCUCGACGGCUGCUACCACUCCAAUCUAGCGCCACAGAGGUACAGCUCUGAUCUCCACCCAGCAUACCUGAUCGUGGACGGCGGGCAUCAUUGGGACAGCUAUGGCAUCUUGGACGUGCCGAAUGAGCCCCAGUUCAUCCGGGAAGCACACAAAUGGCAGAUCCGCACUGUGAGAAAGUGGCUCCGGAAGUUCCCUGAUUGGAGCCCUGCUAGCAAUGGGACGAAGCUCAGAUGA